CCGGAAGUCCACUUCCUGAUUUGCCUGACUUCGUGGGGAGUCGGGGAGGCAUGGAGAAAUAAGUGCGUCGUACGCUCCUAAAAUCUAUUAUUUUAAUGUUCAGAUGUGGAGCAGAAUACUGUCGAGUCGACGGGUGAUUGGUAGAACUGGUUCACACUGGAGGAGUCUCUUCACGAUGCGGCUGAAAACCAGCGAGUUCCAGUCUGUGUUCAGUGAUGGACUGAAUGGGCUGGCAGAGGUGUUUGAGAAGCACAAUCAUGAGCUGAGGAUAGCGGGAGGUGCCGUCCGCGACCUGCUGUCAGGGAAGCGGCCUGAAGACGUGGACUUUGCCACCACAGCUACUCCAGAGGAGAUGAAGAACAUGUUCCAAGCUGCUGGGAUCAGGAUUAUCAACAAUAAGGGGGAGAAACAUGGGACCAUCACGGCGAGAUUGAACAACGAGAACUUUGAAGUGACCACGUUGCGUCUGGACGUGCAGACGGACGGACGUCAUGCGGAGGUGGAAUUCACCACAGACUGGCAGAAGGACGCCGAGCGGAGAGACCUCACCAUCAACUCCAUGUUUUUAGGACUUGAUGGAACAUUAUACGACUAUUUUGAAGGAUAUGAAGACCUGCAGAAGCGUAAAGUGCGGUUCGUUGGAAGUGCUGAACAACGGAUCAAAGAGGACUACCUGAGAAUACUGAGAUACUUCAGGUUUUACGGCCGAGUGGCUUUGGAGCCUGAUGACCACGAGGCGGAGACGCUGGUCGCCAUCAGGGAGAACGGCUGCGGGCUGGCGGGGAUCUCAGGGGAGAGGAUUUGGGUGGAACUGAAGAAGAUGGUGCUCGGUGACCAUGCGGCUCAUCUGUUGGAGCUGGUUUAUGACCUGGACCUGGCUCAGUACAUAGGUUUACCACCGGAUGGCGAUGUUGGCGAGAUGAAGCGAGUGUGGCAGAACGUUAAAGACCACUCUCCCAAACCCAUGACCGUCCUGGCCGGACUCUUCCACCGCCCCGAGGAGGUGGAAAAGAUGGACGUCCGACUGAAGGUGUCCCGAGAGGAGAAGAACCUGGCUCUGUUCCUGGUCAAACACAGGAGGGAGCUCUGCAGGAGUGAAGACGGCGACGGCCUCAGACCCUUCACCGACUUCAUCAUUGACAGUCGAGAGCUGGACACCCAGAGCAAAGUGUGCGAGCUGCUUAAGUAUCAAGGGGAGGAGAAGCUGCUGUCGGAGCUCUGCAGGUGGUCCAUCCCUCGCUUCCCCGUCAGCGGCCACGACCUGAGGAGGAUGGGCAUCACGUCGGGGAAGGAGAUCGGCGCCACUUUACAGAAGCUCCGUGACGUCUGGAAGAAAAGUCACUACCAGAUGGACAAAGAUGAACUCCUUAGUUACGUGAAGACGUGACCGAGGAGCGGACAAAGGAGAAGGUGUUUUGUGUGUUGGACUAUAAGAGCCUGGAGUCUUGAUUUUGCAGAUGCACUUAGUUUGAUAAAAGGUGAGGCAUGAAUACCCACUGAUGAAAGCAAUCACAGCCUCAAUUACCCAGGGGGCCAAUUUCAUUCAUUUUUGUUAUCAAGUAAAUCUGAAAGGACUCUUUACAAAAUGUCUCUUCUCUUCACAUCACAGCUACGAUGUAUAUAAAUAAAGAAAAUAUUUAAUGGA